GCGCCGCGCGCCGCGCACGCGCAGACCGCGCCGGCUGCCGCCGAGCCCAUGGCGUCCGAGCGGCUCCCGAGCCGGCCCGCCUGCCUGCUCGUGGCCAGCGGCGCUGCCGAGGGUGUGUCGGCCCAGUCCUUCCUCCACUGCUUCACACUGGCCAGUGCCGCCUUCAACCUGCAGGUGGCCACCCCUGGGGGGAAGACCUUGGACUUCGUCGACGUGAACGAGAGCAACGCGCGCUGGGUGCAGGACUUCCGCCUCAAGGCCUACGCCAGCCCUGCCAAGCUCGAGUCCAUCGACGGUGCCCGGUACCAUGCCCUCCUGAUUCCCAGCUGUCCUGGGGCCCUGGCCGACCUGGCCAGCAGCGGGUCCCUGGCUCGCAUCCUGCAGCACUUCUGCGCCGAGAGCAAGCCCAUCUGCGCCGUGGGCCAUGGCGUGGCUGCCCUUUGCUGUGCCACCAAUGAGGACAGAUCCUGGGUGUUCCAAGGCUACAGCGUCACAGGGCCCUCUGUGUACGAGCUCGUCCGGGCGCCCGGCUUCGCCCACCUGCCCCUGAUCGUGGAGGACUUUGCGAAGGACGCGGGCGCCUGCUUCAGCGCCAGCCAGCCUGACGCCGUGCACGUCGUGCUGGACCGCCACCUCGUCACGGGCCAGAACGCCGGCUCCACCGUCCCGGCCGUGCAGAACCUGCUCUUCCUCUGCGGCAGCCGGAAGUGAGGCGGCCCUGAACUGAGCCUGCCACCUGCACACAUCCUGGACGUCCCCCGGGCAGCUGGACUCUCAGGCCUCAGGGACCCUGCCUCCGUGACAUCCCGGCCUGGCCUGGCCUGGUGGGGUUGCUGGAGGGCUCUCGGGGUGCCAGCCCUGGGGAGGCUGAGCCCCUGACGCCACACCUUCUGGGGGGGGGGGGGCCGGGUCAGCGCCCAGGUGCUGCUUUGGCUGCCACGAGGUCCCUGAGAUCCUGCGUGUUCCACGGAGCGAGUGGGCUGUGGGGCCCGGAGUGGGGAGCAGAGCCUGAGCCUUUCCGAAGCCUGGGGGGGGGGCCUGCCGGUUGGGCAGUGGCGGCCAGGGCUUCCGGACGCCCCGCCGGGGGGGAGGGGCCUCUGGUUGGUGUCAGACCUGACGGUGACCCCAUGUCAGGCCCGGAUGGAUCUCAGUGUCACCGUGUCCCUCCUGACGUUGAGAGAAAUAGUGGGGACGCAGGGCCCUGCCCAAGUGGCCUCCAGGUGGUGCCCCGAGCCCAGCUCUGCAGCUGCUCUGCCCGUCUCACCGCAGCCACGAUGGGCGCGAGCUUCACUGGGAAGGAGGCCAUGAGCGUGGCCGACCUGGGGUGGCAGGCAGUCCUCACCUCUCAGGCCCCGGACAGGCCUCUGCCAGGGGUGCCAGGUGGCUGUCCAGCCAGCUGGCUCCCUCUGCAGCCAGGCCUCUCCAGCCUCUCUGGGGUGCCUGGCCUGGCCCUCGGCUGGGGCCUCUGGAGCUGCUGACCUCCAUGCGUGUCCCUUACCUUUUCUUGUCACCCUCAUCCAACCCCUCGUAACGAAAGGGGAGGAGGCAGGGCCCUGAGUCCGAGGCCACUUCCCUCCUGUGGCGUGGCUGUGGGCUCGGGCCGGGGACGGAGCCUGUGCCACAGCAGUGACAACGCCAGGUGCUUAACUGCUGGGCCACCAGGGAAGUCCAUGCACUGUCCUUUCUGUCCAGCGUCUCCCACGUUCCCAGGAUCAGAGCCCCUGACACCUGCUGGCCAGCUCUGUCCACGGUGGGCCUGGCCAGCCCUGCUGUGAGGCCUCUGGCAUCCCGGGCCUGCAGUUGUCCCGCGGUUACGGCCUGCUCUGGAUGAAAGGUUUUUUUUUAAGGAGACAGCUUGGGGGCCCAAUCCUGUGUCGUCUGCAGAGAGCUGCUUUGUGACGGGCCAGAUGCAGACCCAGGGGCUCUGCGGGGCCUCGCGUUUCAGGGCACCGGGAUGGGUGGUGGUGGCGGGGGGUGGGGGCUGGAAGGAGGAGAGGAGCCUGGGAAGAUGGUCGCUGAGUGUGGGCACCUGUGCCCUCUGGGGCUCCCACAUGCCCAGUCUGCCCUAAAGAAAUAAAAACCUAGACCUCCACAGA